AUGUCGCACAAGACAAACGUUUGGAUCUUGAAGUUGGCGGCAAAUGCAGAGCAUCUCUUCAACAACUACAACAUUGACCUGUUCAUCGAGUACGUGGAAUUCGUUGCGCUUGGUCUUCCGCAAACUUCUCCGGCAGACCUCUCGCCCAAAUGCCUACAACCGCUUCCUCUGGCCACCCUCAUCGGCAAGAAGCACUUUGUGCUUCACGACACCAACGCGAUGGCAUCGCAACGCAUACUUCAUCUCCUCCGACGUCUCGUGCCAACGGCAACCACGUCAAGACCUGCUCUGAUGUUCGGCGAGAUCGACAACCAUCUCAGCGUCCACCGCCUUCGCACUGCUACCUCGCUACUGCUGUAUGCUCGUAGCCCGUGCCCAGAGUGCCACGACUUCUCCUCUCCAUCGCCGCUGCCUCCAGCUCCUGCGCACAGAGUUUACCAUACUGAAUCAGCUGAAGAGUUCAAGUACUUAUCGCCCCUUUCGGGGACGAACACCACUCCGGAUCUGCUACUCGUCAACAAGCGCACGCCUCUUUCGGAGAGGAAUACAACUCCGGAUCAGGGUGGCGGCGGUGACGAGGAUGCCGCUAAGCGCAAGCUCUCCAACCCGAUCCUCGCGCGUGUCGUCGUUGGUUGCAAACUUUCGAAACCUCGCCAGAAGCCCGUCUCGGAGCGGCCCGUCCUCAGGAUGCGCGGCGACAGGGAGGCCAGGUACCGAGGCCAAUCUACUGGACACUAUCAGACGGAUUCGCUAGCUUCUCGAAGAGAGAAGUUCAAUGAUAUUAGCCCUCAGGCGGUCUUCGAGGAGGAUCUGUACGCUGCUAUGGCGCUGUCUGGCACCAAGGCUCAGGUCCUUGAGAUGCACAAGGAAUGCCAGAACACUCCAAGCCGUCUGGAGGCAAAGGAGGAGUCUCCGCCCUUCAACAAGCCGCGCGAGGCUACGCCCGACCUCACCAGCUUUACAAACAUCCAGAAGCGCGAACGUCGCAUGACGCAAUGGGACAUCAAGUCCGCAGGCUACGAGAACAUCACCGCCGGAUGGCAUCGCAACUCACUCCAGUCCCACUGGUCCGCCUAUUCCGUUCAGUGGCUCACGCUUGAAGCGCCUCCUCCCCGAUGA